AUGACUUUGAUUCCUUCUUUUUCUAAAGUUUUACUUGAUAUUGGAAUGUUUGAUGAUUCUGAGAAAGAUUAUUUGCUUCCCAGUUCACCAGAUAUUGCAUGGAGAGAUGUUUUGGCUAAAGUUCUUUGCGUAUCUAGUAAUUCUGAACAUGAUAUUCGUGAUAAAAUUAAAUCUAAAGUAAAAGACCUAUCAAAUGAAGAAGUUGAACGAAUUCUAUCAGGUUUUAAAUGGUUGGGGUUGUUUUCUGAUGCAAACGUUGAUCGCAAAUCCAAUUUACUCGAUACACUUUGUGCAACUUUGGAAGCAAAACUGAAAUAUGCAGAGGGUGAAAGAGACAUGGUUAUUCUACAACAUAAAUUCGAGAUUGAGUGGAAAGAUGGUAAAAAG